AUGGCUUCAGUAACCUCCAGCCAAGCUCCUCAAUCCGAACCUGCAGUCGCUGGCUAUUCCAAAACCGCUCGCCGACAAUACCAGAGCUGUGAUCAGUGUCGCAAAAGCAGAAGGGCUUGCGAUGCCGGCACGUUGAGAGUUACCAGCUUUCCUCUUCCCCAUGACGAGGAACCGAACGCGCCCGCCCCCACGCGCGAAGCAUGCUCCAACUGUGCAAGAAGCAGCAAGAAAUGUACAUUUGAUUGGCUUCGUUCUCUUCCUUUGCAUGGUCUGCCCAAGGGCGUCAAACGAAAGCUCGAAUUGACGGGCCUUCCAGAGCCUCAUGUCGCUCCAUCAGACUCCUACGGGUUCCCGUCUUCCUAUACGGAAUUGGCAUCGCUGCCGAACGCCCAAGUCGCUGAAAACUUCACCCACAACCAACAAGUCGGACAUAAUAAUCACACAUGGUAUCCAAAAAUUGCGCCAAGCACAAAAGGUCUCCCUGCUCUUCCAGACCUGCUCCAUUCCCAGACCGGAUUAAGCACCAAUACCAUUGCACCAUCCCUCCAGCCGCUAGGAGCGCCAGGCAACCCGACCACCAUUCUUCCUGGAGAAGAGGGGUCACAGAGCAAUCCGCGGAAUCUCCUCUUCAAUCAUUACGACAAGUCGAUUUCCCCAUCGAGCUCCAAUUCGACUGAUUCUCGAAAAGGAAACUGUAGAUCGGAUUCGGUGGGAGGCUUAACGUCAACACACUCGGAUUCCAGCCGCGAAAAUGACGAUGCAAGUGUUCCAGCCGACAAGCAGACCAAAUCUUGGGCCGGUCCUACGGACCUUUCCGAUACCGCCUUUGUGGAUCAGUUCUCAUCCAUAGGCUCCUCUUCACGAGGCCCUUCAAUCGGCUCAACCCAGUGCUGCAAUAGCGCCGGACAAAGCUCACUACCGCUGUCUUCUGGCCAGGUGCGGUUGGCGGACAAAGCGAUGAAAGCAAUGGUAGCCAAUGGACUGCUUCGAAUCUACCAUGACAGCUUUGAAAAUUCCUUGUCAUGCUGGGUCACGGAAAGAAAUUGCCCUUACGAGGUUGAACUGAGUGAUCUUAUGGCUUCGUCAAAUUUCAGGUCCACGGCAGAAGAAACGGCCUACAAACUCAGUGAUAACCGAAUAUUCUCACGCGUUUCGAGAUUGGAUUCCGCCUUUGCCCCCCUCCGAGGCCGUGCUUUGACUGCAUCGGAGAACGGGGCAGCCCAAAAGGCGCUCAAUGCCGCUGUCAUGGCGUUUGCGAGCCAAUGGUCCCAUGGCUCGCACAAUGCGUUCUGGCGAAGUAAAGAAGACAAAUCGACGACGAAAACCUGGCAGGACCGGGGCCGGAAUGGCCCACCUAACGACCCGGCGUUGUCCGCCGAAUGUGAACGCAUGAUCCAAAAGACACUUUGGCACAAGGCCCGGAGCGCAAUCCAGGCGACCGCCGAAAUUGACUCGUUCAAAGUCAUUCUGGCUUAUAUGCUCUUUGCUUUAACGCAGAGGCCCAUCGAUGAAAAGAGCAAAUCGACACAGGGAUCACCACUCCAGCCCCAUGGUGACGCAGCAAACGCCCGUCACAGUUCAGGGGAUAACCUUUCCGGGGAUGGAACCCCGGCCCAAUUCACCGAUCCGGCUAUGGAUGCCAUGGUGAGUGAAGAGUGGAAUCCAUUUUACGCCAGUGACCUGGAGGCGCUAGUGUCUCCUCCCAUCUACCUCGAGACGGCCGUACGGAAUUUAUUCUCAUGGAGGCGCCGAGUGGAACGGUAUCGACGAAUGCGCUCCCAAAUUUCGGUGGACGGGUCCAUAGGCACCGUGGCCCUGAAGGACCAGCAGACGUUCAACAUUCUCUUCUGGCUCGGCGUCAUGUGCGACACGACCUCUUCGGCAAUCAGCAAACGGCCCUUGGUCAUCCCCGACGAGGAUUGCGCCAUGAUUCGAGAGAAGUUGGACUCAUUCCGCCCCAAUGCUAACUCAGACCUCCACUGGCCUGGACCAGGUGCAGACCAGGCGUCUGGACCGCCAGAACCGGACGGCCAAACAGGCGCACUGUGGGGAAAUUAUUUACUGACCUUCAAGUGGGCAGGACCCCGAAAAACUCCGCCUCGAUGGCCAUGUUGCUUCGACGAAGCAGCCUUGGUUCUGCAGGAAGCCAUCCCGGUGAAGGUGUUGAUGUUCCGGAAAGUCGGACAAUUGCAAACCCUCGCGUAUCGAAGAAGCGCACCACGCACGCUGGAAACCUGCAUCGAAGAAGCCCUCACCGUCUAUCAACACUGGAACGCGACAUACGGACAGUUCAUGAUUGAUUGCGUCAACGAGCACAACAACCUGCCUCCACACGUUCAGUCGUGGUAUGUCAUCCUCGACGGCCACUGGCAUUACGGAUGCUUGCUUCUCGCCGACACGAUCGCACAAAUCGACCGGGAAGAGAAGACCAUGACCCCGCAGCGAAAUCUCCGUGUCAUCUGUGGCCUGAUCACUGAACUGAGGAGGAUGAACUCGCAGGCCAUUGCGAAGAUCGCACAGGCGUCUCUGUCCGAACACACGCCCUCGUACCCCAACAACCCGGAAUUCCACUUCGCGUGCAACGGCAGUGCCAUCCUCACGGAGCCGUGGACCGACGUUCUCGUCCGUGCGAUGGGCAGCGCUUGUAAAGUCUUUAUAAACUGGCUGUCCAUCUGGGAUAAGCCGGCCGAUCCUUUGCAUAACUGGGUGGUGACAAACACUACCUACGAUGACUUGUAUGCACAGGCCGAGGCCUGUAUUCAGGGCAUGACUCUCCUGGGUCGCAAGUCCGACGCGGCCAACUACACGGCUAAAGUGUUUUGGACCCGGCUGAGUGAAUUGUCCCAUCAUCGCCGUUCUUCGGACUCAACUGAGGAUGAGAAGUCACUUGCUGAAGAACUGGUUUCGGAAUUGUCCGAGCUGAAUCGGGUUUCGAGGCACGAAUCUCUUCUCAUGGCUAUUUAG